GCGUAUAAUUUUAGCUUGUGUGCUUGUGUGUAAUUAAGAAGUCACAACUCUUGUUUCUUGUGUAUUAUUCCAAUUUACCAGCGUUUUUAUUUCAUUCCCCCCUCAGAAAUUCAAUAUCAAAUUGGUUUAAAUAAAAGUGUAUAAAAGUUUAUUCAAAAACUAAAACAAUAAAAAUUAAAUCUACAUCAACAAAAACAGAAAAAAGUAACAAAAAAAAAGAAAGAAAAGGAUAUAAAAAAAAACAAACAUGAAGCCAACUAAACGAAUGCAUAAUAAAAAUGACAUUUGAAAGAAAAGUGACAUUUUGCCACUAGAAAGAAAACUUAAAACAACAAACACAACAUCUCGAUUUGGUAGCUACACAGAUAAAUUUACAAAAAAGUAAAUUUAAUGGUCCUACGUAAAGAGCGUCCACCCGGUGCGGGAACCUCAAAAUCGACAACAACAAUGCCCAAUGAGCAGCCAGUGACAAAACGUCAACGAAUAGAAAACCGCAGCAAUAAUAAUGCCGAUCCUAACACCACAUAUCAGCCUUCUUCAUCAUCAUCAACGACGACGGCGACGACGUCGUCGACAUCCUCAUCAUUUUCUGCACCACCUUCGCCUACUUCAACAACAAAACCAAAUUCUACACGAAGUUUGGGACUGGGCUCCUCACCGCCAGAUAUACUUGCCACUGCAUCUGAACUUCCAUCAUCAUCCUCCUCUUCUAAUCGCAGCAGCAGCAGUUCAUCCACAUCUUUAGCAAGCGAAGAUCUGCACCAUCAUUUAUAUUCGAAUCGUCAUAACCAUCAUCACCAUCACCACAGUGGUAGUACAUCAAGUCUGGCAAGUUGCAGCAGUAGCUCGGUAGCUUCGACUGCGACGAUAGGCAUUGAUGAAGUCGAUAAGAUGACGACGCCUCAUCGGAAUCACACAAUCACCGGCGCUAUUUCUAACGCCCAAGCUAUGCCCGACUUAGUGCCACGAACAAAUGCUACCCCAACAAUAGUUACCAUCACAAAUGAAAUGGGUGAAUUUGAGGAGUACCUAACCAAACAGUGCCUGUGUGGCAUAAGCGAACGUACACUGCGCCGACCCUUUCAAAGUCACUACCACCAGGAUUCGAAUGGGGUAAAGCGAGUGGCCACGCUGCACGAGUGGCCAACAAACAAGCUGCUCCAGUUCCUAUCGAAUCUACAGUUGCUAUUCGACGUGUACCUUAAACAAAACAGCAAAGGAUUCAUCUGUAGUCGAAUAAUGGACGUGUGUGAUGCUCUCAUACGCAACGAUCACAAUCUCAUUGACGAGAUAAUCGUGUUAGCCAAUUUCAACAAUAAAUAUGUGCAAUUUCUAUCCGGUCGAGUAUUGGCCAGCUUCUUAGUUAUAGCCAAGCACAAUAUGGACGAUGAUUGGCUUAAAAAACUUGUAGACAAUUUGUUUCAGUUUGAGCGUUUGGAUUUUGUGGCAAUUCAAAAGAUUCAUUUUAGCUUGGAAAUCAUCAAGCGAAUUGUCGAAUGGAAAGAUGUCGAUUUGCAUCCGUUGGAAGAUGAGAUUGAAGCGAGAAAUGCAGGCAUUUCAUCAGAACAAGCCGAUGCAGGUGGAGCAGGUCCAUCAACUUCUGGAUCGACAUCAAGCAGCCAUGUGUAUCCUUCAUUGGAAACUAACUAUUUUGCUGUGCAUUUUCGAGACUCUGAGGACAUUCUAGAAGGCACUAACGAUGACAAUAGACCGAAUGAUGCAGCAUCAUCGGAAGAAAGACACCUGAGUCAUUUGCAAACCGAGGAUGGUUGUCAUGUUGUGGCGCUAACCGAUUCGGAAAGUUUCGAUACAACUCAUCUGAAAUGUAUUACGAUAAAAAUUCUAGAAAACAAAUGGCCUGCUUUGGUUAAAAACAUGAGCAAUCUGAUAUCGAAUCACAUAGAACUAGAAAACGCUGAGAAUUGUGUGCUAACAUUUCUGCAUCUCUGGGAGAAUAUCAUUAGUGUAAAAGCCAAUCUCUCGAUAGUCGAGACGCUCCCAUUUUACGCUCAAUUGGACAAAUUCGAACUGUUGCUUAAUCAAAAUUUAUCAUGUACCAUCUAUAAGCAAAUGCUGAGCCUUUUCAACGAAGCUCUGUGCUAUGGUAGCACUUUAGCCCUGCAAGAUCUUCUGCCUGAAGAGACUUGUAUGCUAGCACAUCAGAUUGUUCGACAUGUGAAGGACUUUCGUAUUUUAGAAUCGCUACCGAGAAGACAGCCGGAAAAUAUGGUGAGCUUAUUGGGUUUUAAGGGUCGUUUGAUAACAUUCGAAGCCGGAACCAUGCAGAGAUUUGCUUCAACACCAAACCACGAUGAAGAUGCCAUCGAAAUGGACAAGACAAUACUUCAAAAAAUGGUACUCUUAGUUCUCAAGUCCAUUGCAGUGACUGUUAAAGAAAUCCGAAGUGAUUCGUCGGAUAGUUCGAUUGAUAGCACCGAUUAUGAUGCCUUCCAGGACAUGGUUCUAAUAGAAAGAUCAAUCAGAGAUGUGUUACGAAAACUCGAAUCUUUCAUUAAGAACACUCUAGAGUUCCAUCCAGAGUGUCACUUUAGUAAGAUACUGAUUCAUCUUUUUGACGACCAAGAUGAUCAUCUAAUUGAAGCGAUGGUGUGCACGUUGGAUGUUACAGCUGGCAUCUCAUUUCGCAAUAAUGCCUUUCCCGAACUUGUAUCAAUGCUUAAUCCCGUUUACACAUUUCUAGAGUUCCUCAAGAUGAUUGCAAACAGCUCAGAUUUGUUGCUGGACUUGCUUGUUAGCAAUGAGACGUGCUUUCUGUUGUAUUUGCUUAGGUUUCUCAAGUACAUUCGACUGAAUUGGUCAAUGUUUGUGACGAGUUGUCAUGACUUUGGCAUGGGUGCCAACACUCUGGACGAAGCGAUGAGUGUUUUGAUUCGCCUGCGAUUGCAAAUAAGCCGCUUGGUUUCGAGAUCAUUAUACCCGUAUGAUAUUUCUCCAGUGUUGCGAUUGUUGGAUAGUUGUGAGAGUCUCUACGAAGGGAAUGAAUUAAGCUAGAAUGGUCAAGGGUCAUGGGUCACAAUGUAAUAAAACACAAAUAAAUAUUUAAACAAUAAUAAAAAGCAAAAAAGACUUAAGGACAUUUACAAUUAUAAGACAACCAAACCUGUGUAGCACUGUACAAGAUUUUUUUUAUUUAAAAAAAGAAAAGGAUAAAAUUGUUGCCUUAUUUUCAUACACAUACACACAGAUAGACUAACUUAAUUUUAUUACAUGUUUUUUUUAUUAAAUUUAAGAAUUUAGUUUUUAAGAUUGUUUUAAAUCUUGCCUUAAUGUAUUUUAUUUCCCUCCCGAGACGACAAUGUACGUAAUUAAGUUUUAUUAUUAUUAUUUUUUUUCCCAAUGUAAAUGUUAAGUUUUCUUUUUUCUUUGAAUUUUCUGCAAAACAAAAAUUAUGAAUGCAGGAAAAGAAGAAGGGAAUAAUGUUUUAUAUUAUAAAUAUAUAUAUUUUCUUUGAUUAUAAGUUUAAAAGAUUUAAGAAGAGAAAAUUUUGAUUGAAGAAAC